AUGGACACCGAUGUCUCUGAUCAGUCAACUGAUUUGAACCCUGCGAUGGAACUCAGGGACUUCAUUGCGAAGUUGAUGCAAAGUUCUGACCUCGAAUCCGUCGCUUCUGAGAUCGACGUUCUUCAGUCCAUAUACGGAGACCAAGCUAUUCACCUAUACCAUUCAUCGCCCGGAAGUCCUAGAAGCGGCAUUCCCAAUCACUCGUCUAGCAGUGCUUUAGGCGCUAUCCGUUACGAAAUUUCGCUCAAUCUACCAUCUCACGAAGAUAUCUCCAUACGCAUAUUGAUUUCGAUUCCCCCAACAUACCCUGCCUCGAACCCCCCUCAACUGCAACUUCUCUCCCGUUAUAUCGGCGCUUUUGGUGUCGACUCCUCGCUUUUUGGAUCUAUACUGCGCACGUUUAUAUCUAUCUCAGGAGUGGAAUGGACCCCGGAAAGUGUCUGCGUUUUCGACGGACUACAAAAUGUGCUGGAGCGGUGCGAAGCGUGGUAUGAAGACAAACUAAACAGGGAGACGGCUGGAGAAUUGCUCAGAGAGGAUGCACAUACCCGCAACCACGUCUUGGUCGAACCCGACGAGCCUUUUGCAUCGUCAUCGACUGCUGACGAAAAGGAUCGAGUACCUCUCAACACUGCUUUACCGGAAGGUAUCAAAAUCGUCGAAGCUGAACCUAUUGUGGACAGAAAGAGUGUUUUCAUUGGUCGUGCAUGUCGAAUAUCUGAUCCCUCACAGGUACCACUCAUUUUGAAUAAUCUCAUGUCGGAACGCCAUAUUUCCCGUGCUGCUCAUCCAAUUAUCAACGCCUGGCGUUGCCAGGUGGGUAGUGUGCUUCACCAGGACAAUGAUGACGAUGGGGAAACUGCAGCAGGUAGUCGAUUGGCCCACUUGCUUUCCAUCUUGGAAAUCAAUAACGUCCUCGUUGUUGUGACGCGGUGGUUUGGUGGAAUCCAUCUAGGUCCUGAUCGUUUCAAACAUAUCAAUCAUGCUGCCCGGAACGCACUAGAGCUUGGAGGUUUCUUAGACCAAGCGGACGAGCCAAGGGGUGGCGGGCGAAACGCGGGGAAGGGGCGGAAACGAUAA